CCGGUCCCUCGGCGACGGGGCUUGCAUGUGACACUCUUGCCCUCUAGUGCCUCACCAGCUUGGUAGCAGUUUGAUGGCUAAUAUUAAUAAAAUGUUAUGUAACACGAGAGUACUGGGCCGGGACUGGUGUUGCUGCCACUUGUAAAGCCAAAAGCCUCCGCCGAUGGUGGCAGAUGCUACUGUUUCCGUUUCUUUUCCAUCCAUUGAAAGUUUCUCCAGCAUUUCCAGCCCUUUGAACUUUAAUUCCAGACAGUGUUUCCUGUGAGUCCUGAUCAAGUGAUCUGCAUGUGCUGCAAUGGUGACAUAAACCACUGCGGAUGGGAAAGUAGCUGACGCACCUCAUUUCCCUUUACCUUUGUGUGGUGCUUCCAGUGGACUAGUCCAGGAAGGUCUAUACAACAUGACUUUUAUCGUGAAACUUCACAGACACUUUCAGAGGACGGUCAUUCUGCUUGCCACCUUUUGUAUGGUAAGCAUUAUCAUUUCUGCUUACUACCUGUACAGUGGCUACAAACAGGAAAAUGAACUCUCUGAAAUGGCAUCAGAAGUGGACUGCGGCGACUUCCAACACCUACCGUAUAGACUAUUGGAAGUGAAAACAAUGAAGCUUUUCGAUGUCUCAAGGACAGACCCCAUAGUCCUAGUGUUUGUGGAGAGCCAGUAUUCAUCCCUUGGUCAAGACAUCAUUACGAUUCUGGAAUCAAGUAGAUUCCAGUAUCACGUUGAAAUCGCACCUGGAAAGGGAGAUCUUCCUGCACUUAUAGACAAAAAUAAAGGCAAAUAUAUUCUCAUUAUUUAUGAGAAUAUUUCAAAGUAUAUAAAUAUGGACUCUUGGAAUCGAAGCCUUUUAGAUAAAUACUGUGUAGAAUAUGGUGUGGGUAUCAUUGGAUUCCACAAAACUAGUGAGAAAAAUCUACAGAGCUUUCAAUUAAAAGGUUUCCCCCUCUCCAUCUAUGGAAACCUUGCAGUAAAAGAUUGUUGUAUUAAUCCUCAUUCACCAUUACUUCGGGUGACCAAAUCUUCUAAGCUUGAAAAAGGUUCUUUACCUGGAACUGACUGGACAGUUUUUCAGAUUAAUCACUCAGCCUACCAACCAGUAAUAUUUGCCAAAGUAAAGACCCCAGAAAACCUUUUUCCUCCAGUCUCCAGAGGUGCUUUUUAUGCCACUAUCAUACAUGACCUGGGGCUUCAGGAUGGAAUUCAGCGAGUUCUGUUUGGCAACAACUUGAACUUUUGGUUACACAAGCUCAUCUUCAUAGACGCCAUCUCCUUUUUGUCAGGGAAGAGGCUGACAUUGUCCUUGGACAGAUACAUCCUUGUGGACAUUGAUGAUAUAUUUGUGGGAAAGGAGGGAACAAGGAUGAACACCAAUGAUGUGAAGGCCUUGCUUGACACUCAGAAUCUUUUGCGUGCACAAAUCACAAAUUUCACCUUCAACCUGGGAUUUUCAGGGAAAUUUUACCAUACAGGAACUGAAGAGGAAGAUAAAGGGGACGAUUGUCUUUUGGGGUCCGUGGAUGAGUUCUGGUGGUUUCCUCACAUGUGGAGCCACAUGCAGCCCCACCUCUUCCACAACGAAUCGUCUUUGGUGGAGCAGAUGAUUCUCAACAAGAAAUUCGCCUUAGAGCACGGUAUUCCCACGGACAUGGGCUACGCAGUGGCCCCUCACCAUUCAGGCGUCUACCCUGUACACGUUCAGCUUUAUGAGGCCUGGAAGAAGGUUUGGAAUAUUAAAAUCACCAGCACUGAAGAAUAUCCUCAUCUGAAACCAGCGAGAUACCGGAGGGGCUUUAUCCACAAAAACAUCAUGGUUCUUCCAAGACAAACCUGUGGACUUUUCACUCACACAAUUUUCUACAAAGAGUAUCCCGGAGGUCCUAAAGAGCUGGAUAAGAGUAUCCAAGGAGGGGAACUUUUCUUCACUGUAGUCCUCAACCCCAUCAGCAUAUUCAUGACCCAUUUGUCCAACUACGGGAACGAUCGGCUGGGGCUGUAUACAUUUGUUAAUCUGGCCAACUUCGUGCACAGCUGGACCAACCUGCGACUUCAGACUCUGCCUCCAGUGCAACUGGCUCACAAGUAUUUUGAGCUAUUUCCCGAUCAAAAAGACCCUCUCUGGCAGAAUCCGUGUGAUGACAAACGCCACAGAGAUAUUUGGUCUAAAGAAAAAACCUGUGAUCGCUUACCAAAAUUCUUGGUAAUAGGACCUCAGAAAACUGGUACCACUGCUUUGUAUUUGUUCCUGGUUAUGCAUCCUUCCAUCCUUAGUAACUCCCCCAGCCCAAAAACCUUUGAGGAGGUACAGUUCUUUAAUAGAAAUAACUACCACAGGGGGAUUGAUUGGUAUAUGGAUUUCUUCCCAGUCCCGUCUAAUGUCACCACUGAUUUUUUGUUUGAGAAGAGUGCUAAUUACUUCCACUCAGAGGAAGCCCCUAAAAGAGCAGCUUCUCUGGUUCCCAAAGCCAAGAUCAUCACGAUUCUUAUUGACCCUUCAGACCGGGCAUACUCCUGGUACCAGCAUCAGCGAUCACACGAAGACCCGGCAGCUCUAAAGUUUACCUUCUACGAAGUGAUCUCGGCCGGGCCCCACGCACCUCCGGAGCUCAGAGCCUUGCAGAAGAGAUGUUUGGUUCCCGGCUGGUACGCCAGCCACAUCGAGAGGUGGCUUGUUUAUUUUCCCCCCUUUCAGUUGCUGAUUAUAGAUGGGCAACAGCUGAGAACUGAUCCUGCUACCGUGAUGGAUGAAGUCCAGAAGUUUCUAGGAGUCUCUCCUCAUUAUAAUUACUCGGAAGCUUUAACGUUUGAUUCUCAUAAAGGUUUCUGGUGUCAGUUACUAGAAGAAGGUAAAACAAAAUGCCUUGGGAAGAGCAAAGGAAGAAAAUACCCCCCUAUGGAUUCUGAUAGCAGAGCAUUUCUGUCAAGCUACUACCGAGACCACAACGUGGAACUCUCCAAGCUGCUGCACAAGCUGGGGCAGCCUCUGCCCUCCUGGCUGAGACAGGAGCUACAGAAAGUGAGAUAGCACUCAGAGAAAACUUCUUGCGGCUUCACUGUCCCUGUAAAACUUCCAGGGAAGCUACCAGAAGCUUCCAGAAGCUACCAAAAGGCUGUUGGAAAAAUAUACCUCUUCAAAUGAGAAAAGAGAUCAAAGUUCCUUCCAUGUGCUGGAAUGUGGGUGAUUAG